UGUGUUAUUUUGUGCGUGAGUGGAUGAUUCUCCUCCGGCAUGAUGGAUGAUCCGCCGGCGGCAUCGUCUAACACCAAGCGCUUCCCCGCCGGCAUUGGAUCGAUGCCCUGGGUCCAGUCGCUCAAGAAAUAUGUGGGAUCCGGCGCGGGUCUGGGCUCCGAGGCGCUCAUGGAGCUCGAGACGAAGAGAAUUCUUCUCGACGGGUACAAGGAGCAGCAGCAAAGAACUCUACAGAAGGGAACCAUUCCAAGUUUUUACAAAAGGAAACCUUCUGAGGGAUCGAUUGGUGCCAAAGUCCAGCAUUUGGCGAGAUUCAGGUUUCUGAAGAAGCAAGCAGAGAUGCUGUUAAAUGCUGAUGAUCUCGAUGCUCUGUGGGUUUGUUUACGUGAGAACUGUGUCAUUGACGAUUCCACUGGAACUGAAAAGAUGAAUUACGAGGAUUUUUGUCACAUUGCAUCCCUAUGUAACGAUCAAAUCGGACCAAAGUGCCGACGGUUCUUCUCGCCAUCAAACUUUAUGAAGUUUGAGAAAGAUGAAUACGGUCGAAUUGCCAUUCUACCGUUCUACUUGUAUGUUAUGCGAACUGUAUCUUUGACACAAGCGAGGAUUGAUAUGAGUGAGCUUGAUGAAGAUGGAGACGGGCUUUUGCAGCCACCGGAAAUGGAGGCAUAUAUUAGAGGACUUAUUCCUAAUUUGGCUCAACUUCGAGAUAUCCCGGUUCCAUUCUUAUCUAUGUAUUGCCGAAUCGCUGCGCGUAAAUUUUCGUUUUUCUGUGAUCCUCAUCGUAGAGGAAAACUAUGUAUAAAAAAAAUACUUCUAAGUAACUGUCUAGCUGAACUCAUGGAACUACAUCGGGAAAACGAAGAGGAAGUUUCCGAAGGAGAACAUACAGAAAACUGGUUUUCUCUUGGCAGUGCUCAACGGAUUUGUGAUGUCUUUCUCGCGCUGGACAAAGAUAUGAACGGUACAUUGAGCAAGCAGGAGCUUCAAGACUAUGCCGAUGGCACAUACACUACCAUAUUUAUUGAACGAGUCUUUGAUGAACACGUCAGAAGAGGAAAAGGAGGUGGUGGGAAAGCUCGAGAAAUGGACUUCGACAGCUUUCUGGACUUCGUCCUUUCUCUAGAAAACAGAGACACCCCGGAGGGCCUCACUUAUCUCUUCCGGUGCCUUGAUCUCCAAAACCGAGGAUUUCUUUCAACGGGUGACGUACACACUCUCUUCAGGGACGUGCACAGGAAAUGGAUCGAAGGUGGAAACUACGACCUGUGCAUCGAUGAUGUGAAAGACGAGAUCUGGGACAUGGUGAAGCCGAAAGAUCCUCUCAAGGUCACACUAGCCGACCUCUUGGCAUGCCGGCAAGGAGGCACUGUAGCCAGCAUGCUGGUGGACGUGAGAGGCUUCUGGGCUCACGACAACAGGGAAAACUUGCUUCAGGACGAGGAAGAGACUGAAGAGGAAGAGUAGGAAGAUGGUUGACAGAAGCGGGCAGCGACUGUUUGUACCACAUCAGAUACGGAAAGCCACAGACAGGGAUAUCAUCCUUGUCAUGCUAAGAACAGGGCUUCGUCCUUACGGUUGUUGCCAUUCGGUUGAUGCGGUUUACAAUCUUUUUCCGCCUCGAAUCACUCGUGAGCACAUGGAACGGGACAAGCCAAGUCAAUUUCGUGUUUUUCCAGGAACUCCAACCAGGCUCGCUCGCUCGCUGUUCACAAUCUGGAAAGCCAAUGUGCCGGACAGAUCGACAUAAAUGAAACGCUGCCGAAAAGCUUGGAGCGAGCAACGAACUUCACUUUCUCUCUGGUAAGCAGCGUAAAGUUCUUUCCGGUCACUAUCGUCAGCAAAGCAGUAGCAGUAGCUAGCGAGCGAUCUGAUCAGCGCUGAGAGUAGCAGGGGCGAUUCAUCGAUUGCUCGCAAAGUGCUCGCUUGCGACAGCGCACCACUAAUCUCUGCUUGAGCUGCCAAACAGGAAAAUAAAGAGAAGAAGAAGAAGAAAAGAUUAAAAGUGACGAGCAAAGUGCUUUGCUUGACAUCCCAGCAACCGGCCUCUCGAAGAAGAAAAAAAUGCGUGAUUUUGCCCAGUUCUUCGAUUUAAUCUAUCCUCGUCAUUCCUCGAAGAACAUGUUUCGUAUGACCUGGCUAGCUUUCCUCCAAAUCUAGCGGCGUCGCUAGUUUGCCCAACCUCGCCAUUAAAUGUUGUAACGUUAAAAGUGA